UAGCAAAUUAAAGGAACGCGUGUAUGUUUUCUCUUAUGGCUAAUAAUAGGUAUGUGCACUUACUGGGGUGACAAGUGACAUUCGUCGUUGGUGCCUACACGUAAAUGCUGGUGGGAUGGAAAAAAAAGUACCCACCUAAAAAUAGAGCGGGGACCACGUCUGCAUGAAGUGCACCGCCCGAGUCCUGGCUCCCGUUCUGUGUACAUGUGGAGAAUUAAUGCUGAGUCGCUGAGAGACUGCCCAGCAGGCUAUCUGUAGUCUCCCUACCUCCUGUCUGCCUUUAUAUAUAUAUCGUCCGAGUGGCGGGGGUCAGGCUUGUUGCUGGAAAAGGAGCCUUGCGAGAUCCGCACUGUCCUUGCGCUGCGCAGGUGGGAAGGCAGGCUCACCCCAGUGGCACUGUUUAUUAGAAGUGUUGCAACGCCCCUAGGCAUCAACUUGUGCAUUUGAAUUACAGCGGGCAACGCUGGCUUUCUGCAAGAGACACUGACCACAGUGGUGCAAGGAGCUGCGAAUUAUGUUCAAAGCCAUACUGUUUAGAAAGCUCUGCUGAAUCUCCUUUCAUCAUUUUAUCCAGCAGUCUUCGUGAUGUAUUAAUUGGUUUCCGGAGCAAAUGAAGACAAUAUGGGGGACUCUUGCUCUCAGAAAGUGGGAUCUGCCAAGCACCUCCGCCUGCUGCUUUUAAUCCUGAUUCCAUGCAUUUGUGUUCUCAUCUGCUUACUAGUGAUAUUGUUGGCGAUAAUAGGUGUAAUAGGAAAAAGUUUUCUUGACUCAAACAACAAUAAUUUCCUGACCACAGACAUCUAUUCAUCAGACAUUCCUAUAACUAGCAUACGGGAACAUGAUUCUGGGGUGCCAACAACAGAAGACCAACUGGAACAGUAUCCUUUCUGGUAUGACACUAGUUUAUCCCUUGAUGACCAAACCCAUGAACUCUCUAGUGAAAGCACAAAGGACUUACCAAAGGAUCUGACACCAUAUACACUGAGACCAAGUGCUAACAAUGGUAGUAUUUCAGCCACUGUGCCAUAUGUGGACACGGCUUCAUUGUUGACAGUGACAGAGGAAGGGCUUCAGCGUAAUGGGACUACUGUCAGUGUUCCAGAGUGGACAGCUUCACUUAUGACAGCAAGUCCCUUAACUCAGGGAGUUACACAGCAGACAUCAGAAGCUACUGGUAUUUGCAUGGAUAUCACCUUCAGCCAGUGCCAGAUGUUGCCAUAUAACCAGACAAGUCUUACAACUCCACUUCAUUCUAUUGUAAAAAGUGCCGACAUUGAAAUGUUCCUUAAGUUCUUCAACUAUCUCAACCGUUUGGGCUGCUAUCAGCACAUUAUGCUUUAUGGCUGCAGCCUUGUUCUUCCUGAGUGCAUCGGGGAAGGAGAUGACAGACAGGUGAUUCUACCAUGUUUGUCAUUUUGUGAGGCCGCUAAAGAGGGCUGUGAACCUGUCCUACAAUCUGUGAAUGCUUCAUGGCCAGAAUUCCUUAGAUGCUCUCAGGUUGAAAAUAGCACAGACAUGGAGAAUUCCAGCAGGAACUGCUUUUCUCCUCCGCAGGGAAAAGGUCUUUGCAAUGGACAAGAUCACUUUCUGUGUAAGACUGGUGUGUGUAUCCCUAGGAAGCUGUUGUGUAACGGUUACAAUGAUUGUGAUGACUGGAGUGAUGAAGAACACUGUACUUGUACUGAAGAUCAGUUUCGCUGUAACACUGGAAAAUGCCUCAAUUUCAGUUUUGUAUGUGAUGGGUAUGACGACUGCGGAGACCUGAGUGAUGAGAGGAACUGUAACUGCACAGCAGAGCAUGAGCACAGGUGUGGGGAUGGUCGAUGCAUAUCAAUAAACUGGGUCUGUGAUGGUGACCACGACUGUGUGGACAGUUCAGAUGAAACCAACUGCUCUUGCAGCAGUCAGGGCUUGAUGGAGUGUAAGAAUGGUCAGUGUUUUCCUAGAACAUAUCACUGUGAUGGUGAGAGUGACUGCAAAGAUGGAAGCGAUGAAGACAAUUGUACAACAAAGAGCGGUCAGAGUUCAUGCCACGGAGGUGACCUUACAUGUGUGCCUUCUACAUCCUGCUCAGAACCCUGCAGUGGAGUUUCUAACUGUGUAACUCACAACCAAACUGACUGCAGUCAGUGUGAGCUUAUUAAUCUAGAACUGUGCAUGAACCUGCCUUACAAUUAUACCACGUUCCCUAACUACCUGGGCCACAGGACUCAGAAGGAAGCCUCGCUUAGUUGGGAAUCAUCUCUUUUCCCAGCCCUUGUGCAAACAAAUUGUUACAAAUACCUCAUGUUUUUUGCUUGUACCAUCCUUGUGCCAAAGUGUGAUCCUGAGAAAAAUCAACAGAUUCCACCAUGCAGGUCUCUGUGUGAGCAUUCCAAAGAGCGCUGUGAGUCUGUGCUGGGAGUUGUGGGGUUACAAUGGCCUGAAGAUACUUACUGCACUCAGUUCCCUGAAGACAACAAUGGCAACAAAACCUGCCUCAUGCCUGAUCAAGACGUCAAAGAGUGCUCUCCCAGCCACUUCAGAUGUCGGUCAGGAAGGUGUAUUCUGACCUCAAGGAGAUGUGAUGGACAGAGUGAUUGUGAAGAUGAUAGUGAUGAGAAAAACUGUGGCUGCACUGAACGAGGUCUCUUUGAAUGCCCUUCAAGUAAGGUCUGUAUCAAGCAUAUGAUGAUCUGCGAUGGUUUCCCUGACUGUCCUGGCAACUUUGAUGAAAAAAACUGCUCAUUCUGCAAAGAGAAUGAGAUGGUGUGUGGCAACCAUGAGUGUGUGCAUCGUAACCAGUGGUGUGAUGGACACAAAGAUUGCAAAGACAGUUCAGAUGAAUGGGGCUGUGUGACUCUGUCAAAAAGCACAAAUCCUGAGUCUCUGCUAAUAGUUCACAAGUCGACAGCCGACUAUCAUGUUUGCGCUGAUGACUGGGAGGAGGAGCUCAGCUGGAUGGCCUGCAGGCAGAUCGGUUUAGGGGGUCCCCCGGUGACAGAAAUUGUGAAAGAGUAUAACCAGAGCCACCGAAGGAAAUGGUUACACCUGGUGCCUAACUGGAAGAGAAAAAAUAUAUCCACCCUGCAAGCAGCUUUAGUAAGAGGACAGCCUUGUCGAAGCAAGAGUAGAGUGUCCCUCCUCUGCAACAAAGAAGACUGUGGACGUCGUCCUGCAGCUCGCAUGAACAAGAGAGUUAUAGGUGGCAGAACAAGUCGACCAGGCCGUUGGCCAUGGCAAUGUUCCCUGCAAAGCGAUCCUAGUGGUCAUAUCUGUGGCUGUGUUCUGAUUGGAAAGAAGUGGGCGUUGACUGUAGCACACUGUUUCGAAGGGAGAGAAAAUGCUGCUGUGUGGAAAGUCUUGUUUGGUAUUAACAAUUUGGACCAUCCGUCUGCUUUCUCGCAAACAAGAACAGUGAAGCGGAUUAUCCUUCACCCUCGUUAUAACCGUGCUGUGGUUGAUUAUGACAUCAGCAUUAUUGAACUGGAUGAAGAAAUUAAUGAGACCAGUUAUGUAAGGCCUGUCUGCUUACCCAGCAAGGAUCAAGUAGCCAAGCCUGAUACCUACUGCUACAUAACAGGCUGGGGGCAUGUGGGCAACAGAAUGCCAUUUAAGCUGCAGGAAGGAGAGGUUCGUAUCAUACCGCUUGAACAAUGCCAGUCCUAUUUUGACAUGAAAACUAUCACAUCCAGAAUGUUGUGUGCAGGAUACGAGUCUGGAACUGUUGACUCUUGCAUGGGUGACAGUGGGGGUCCACUAGUUUGUGAGCAGUCUGAAGGACGCUGGACACUAUUUGGCCUGACUUCUUGGGGGUCAGUCUGUUUUUCUAAAGUGCUAGGACCCGGUGUCUACAGUAAUGUGACUCAUUUUGCUGACUGGAUUCAGAAACAGAUCUACAGCUACACGUUUCUUUUAAACUAGGAGUCAUGGUCUGUGGAUAACAUGGCUGGAGCUGACAAAUCUGUGAAGAUUUCUUGAACACUGUAGAGUGCACUCUAAAACCAAAUAUGGACUAUCCAUUAGCAAAGGAGGAGUCAAGAGCCCUGCCAGUGAUAGAUAGGCCCUCUGUCUUUUUUGCUGUUGUAAAUGUUUCUGUUCAAAAUUG